AUGCUGCACGCAGCUGCAAGAAAGCCUUUAGUAGCAGCUAUAGAUGGGCCUGCUUUUGGUGGUGGACUAGAGAUAGCACUGGCAUGUCAUGCACGCAUAUCCACACCUACCUCACAACUUGGCUUGACAGAACUGCAAUACGGGAUCAUUCCUGGAUAUGGAGCCCCUGUUGAUGAACUAAUUAGAAGUGCAUCUAGAUGGGGUUUGGAUAUUUCAGAAGCUAGAAAACCAUGGAUUCGUAGCCUUUACAGAACCGACAGACUAGAAGCAUUAAAAGAAGCAAGGUUAAUACUCAACACGGCGAGAGACGAAGCACAAAAACAGAACCCAAAUGUGAGUCAUCCAUUAAUUUGCAUCGAUGUCAUUGAAGAGGGUAUAGUUUCUGGUGCUCGUAUUGGACUAUGGACGUUACAGAUUUCAGGUAUAACUGAUAUGGGGUUGCAGCCAAGGAUGGUAAAUAGAGUUGGUGUUAUUGGUCCGGGGUCAAUAGCAAUAGCAACAGCUUUUAUCCUUGCUAACUUUCAUGUAAUAUUUAAGGAGGAUGAUGAGAAUUCUCUGGAGGCUGCACUCGGUGAAAUCAAAGCCAAUUUGCACAACCAUCUUAUGGCAGGGAAAAUGACCAAGGAGAAGCUUGAAAGAACUGUAUAUCUGUUGAAAGGUGUACUCAGUUAUGAUAGCUUCAAACAUGUGGAUUUAGUUGUAGAGGUGAGUGUGAGUCCCAACUAUAUAAUUCAUCUGUUACAACAAGGGUUUUGGCAGAUAAGUCCCUGA